AUGGGACGAAAUUGGUUGUCCGUUCUUCAACUUGACAGGAAGCAGAUCAAGCAGAUUUCCCUGGAGCUGUGCGACAGAGUAGAAAGAUUGGUUUCUAAGUUCGCAUCACUGUUUAAUGGGGGCCUGGGCACUAUCAAGGGAGUGACCGCUCAUCUCAAGCUCAAGCAAAAUGCCACCCCGCAGUUCUUUAAACCCAGACCGGUUCCCUUUGCCUUGAAAGAGAAGAUUGCAGAGGAACUAAAGAGGUUGGAAGGAAUCGGUGUGUUAGAGAAGGUCGAAUUCUCAGAUUGGGCUAUGCCUAUCGUGCCGGUUCUAAAACCCGAUGGCACCGUGAGGAUCUGUGGGGAUUAUAAGGUCACGAUCAACCGAGCCUCGGAUGUGCCUGAGUACCCCAUGCCUACGGCGAAAGAAUUAUUUACGCAGCUGAAUGGUGGUCAGAGUUUCUCUAAACUAGAUCUGUCCUUGGCAUAUGAACAAGUGUUGUUGGAUGAGGAAUCCAGGCAGUAUGUAACGAUUAACACUCAUCUGGAAAUUUUCCGUAAUACGCGCCUACCGUUUGGAGUGGCGGCAAGUCCAGCAAUUUUUCAACAAACAAUGGACUCUAUAUCGAGUGGCCUUAAUGGAGUUGGUGGUAUCCUGGAUGACUUAAUCGUAACUGGUCCAAACGACAAAGAGCACCUUCGCAAUCUGGAAAACACGCUUAAACAUUUGGACAGCAUGGGUGUGAAAUUAAAAAAGUCGAAGUGCGUGUUUAUGAAGCCUUCAGUGGAUUAUUUCGCGUUCGGGGUGGACCGGCAUGGAAUUUAUUCCUCCCCACGUAAGGUACAAGCUAUCCAAGAAGUUCCAGAGCCACGGAAUGCAACGGAACUAAAAUCUUUUUUGGGGCUGGUGAAUUAUUAUCGUAAAUUCAUUCCCGAUAUGUCAACUCUUGUCCACCUGUUGAAUCACCUGUUGAUGUUCGACGCACCCUGGACCUGGACGGAAACCUAUCAAGUAGCAUUCAAGAAGUUAAAGUGCACCUAA